AUGACGGAAGAUCUACUGAUUGGUAUACGAAAUUUUAUUCAGCCGUAUUUACCAUUAUUAAAUACUCACAAUGUUGAUUAUUUAACGCGUGAUCAUUGGACUACCUAUGUACCAGAUUGGGUUCGACAAGCAGAACGAAUGAAUCUUUAUCAUCUAUUUGAACAACGAUAUCAAGAGUGUUCACCAGCACAACAUCGACUGGAAGAACUAAUUGAUGAUAUUGUCGGAUGGAAGAAGAAAAUCGAACAAAUUACUUACACACGAGAAAGAUUUCAAGAUGAAGUUUUGCGAAACAAAGUUCAGCCCAAGCCAUACCUCUGCACCAGUCGAACAUUUAUGAGUCAGAAAAAAGAACAUGAAGUAGAAAUUUUAGCUCCAGUGAUUCAUCAAUUGGCGAAUAUGGCUAAGGCGGAAGCGGUUAUCGAUUAUGGAAGUGGCCGUGGCUAUUUAGGUGUACAGAUUUCUCAUGAUUAUGAACGAAAUGUUCUUGGAAUUGAAUCCUGUGAGGCCACUGUUCAUAGUGGUGAACGACGAGUGGAACUUUUAGCAAAACAUCAGAAGGAAUCAAUCGACGAACCCAAGUACAGAACGACAUCAACUAUAGUUACAAGUGAAACAAAUUUUGAAAAACUAUUCUAUCAAACAUUCCAUUCUCAUUCGUCAUCGUUUCUUCUCUGUGGUCUUCAUGCAUGUGGAUCUCUCUCAUGUUCACUUAUUUAUCACUUUGUUGAAAAAUCAAGUGUACGCGCUAUCGCCAAUGUCGCAUGUUGUUAUCAUUUAUUAGAAGAAAAAUUCGUACCGAAUCCUUUCACAAAACAUUGCAGCGAAAAUGAUCCAUGUAGCUUUCCAUUGAGUCACCAGUUAAUCAAAGAAAAAACAAAAUUGGGGCGAAAUGCACGCAUGCUUGCCGUGCAAUCGUUUGAACGAAAUAAAGAAGAUGAAACGUUGAAUGCCGGUUUAUGGUACCGAUCAUUGAUGCAAGUUAUUCUUAUGGAAGUUUAUGGACUGACAACGGGUUUAGAAGAUAUUAAGCUAGGUAAAAUCAAUCGCCGACCAUUGACAUUCGAAGGAUAUGUUUGGAAAGCAUUAGAAAAGCUAAAACUAGACAAAACAAAAAUCACGUCGGAUAUUAUUCAAGAUUACUGGAAACGUUAUGAAUCUCAGCAACCUCAAUUGCAUACAUUCGUUCAACUAAAAGUUCUGUUUUCUGGUUUAAUUGAAAUGAUGAUUCUACUCGAUCGACUCGUUUUCCUUCAACAAUCUAUUCCAUCGGCGUCAUCCUAUCUAGUGGCACUUUUCGAUCCAAUUAAAUCACCACGUCGUUGGUGCUUAAUUUCAAUAAAACCAAACGAUCAGUCGGAAUGA